CUCUCUUCAAAAUAAUAAUAAUAAUAAUAAAAUAAUCCUAUUUCUCCGUUCACUGUCCAUAGAUAUUAAUCCGUCGCCGACCAUCUCUCUCUCUCUCUCUCUCCGAUUGCUUAAUCUCUAAAUUCACUGACAACCCCUUUCACACUUCUUUGGAGAAUUCAUUCAUCUCACCGGUGGACUUCCCAUACAAGCUCCAGCUAUUCCAAUUUCCGAUCCACUCAACCCUUUCCAUUUCUCUCUUUAUGUGAUCGGGACUACAUCGGAGUCUUUGAAGAAUGGAUCGGGCGACGAUUACUGUGGGGCCGGCCAUGGAUAUGCCGAUUAUGCACGACAGUGACCGCUAUGAUUUCGUUCGAGAUAUUGGCUCCGGGAACUUUGGGGUUGCCAGGUUGAUGAGAGACAAGCAUACUAAAGAGCUCGUUGCUGUUAAGUAUAUUGAGCGAGGAGAUAAGAUAGAUGAAAAUGUUCAGCGAGAAAUCAUCAAUCACAGGUCAUUGAGGCACCCUAACAUAGUCAGGUUCAAAGAGGUCAUCUUGACCACUACCCAUCUUGCAAUUGUAAUGGAAUAUGCUUCUGGAGGAGAGCUCUUUGAGCGUAUAAGCAAUGCAGGACGCUUUAGUGAAGAUGAGGCUCGCUUCUUCUUUCAACAACUAAUAUCGGGAGUCAGCUACUGCCAUGCAAUGGUACUUGAACUGUUAUAUGCAUCUUCAAUCCUUAUCUUCUUCUUCUGUAAAAUCCUGUCCUUGAAAGGAAGUGGAAAAUUUGUUUUUUUUUAUUUCUUCUACUUGCUUUUAUUGGUGAAGCAAGUGUGUCACCGGGACUUGAAGUUGGAGAACACCUUACUGGAUGGAAGUCCAGCCCCUCGUUUGAAGAUAUGUGACUUUGGCUACUCAAAGUCAUCUGUGCUCCAUUCACAACCAAAGUCAACAGUCGGAACACCUGCAUACAUUGCUCCAGAAGUGCUAUUAAGGCAAGAAUAUGAUGGCAAGAUUGCAGAUGUGUGGUCAUGUGGAGUGACCCUCUAUGUAAUGCUUGUUGGAGCCUAUCCUUUUGAGGAUCCUGAUGAACCAAAGGAUUUCCGAAAGACAAUACAAAGAAUCCUAGGCGUCCAGUAUUCCAUUCCAGAUUGUGUUCAAAUAUCUCUCGAGUGUCGCCACCUGAUAUCAAGGAUUUUUGAGGCAGAUCCUGCAACGAGAAUCACAAUUCCCGAGAUUAAGAACCAUUCCUGGUUUUUGAAGAAUCUCCCAUCGGACUUGAUGGAUGAAAACACAAUGGGAAAUCAAUUUGAAGAGCCUGAUCAACCGAUGCAGAGCCUCGACGCAAUAAUGCAGAUAAUCGCUGAGGCCACAAUACCAGCAGUUGGUUCACAUGGCCUUAUGUGCAUGGCAGAUAACCUUGAUAUGGAUGACGACGACGACAUGGAUGAUCUGGACGACGAGUCUGAGCUUGAUAUAGAAAGCAGUGGUGAAAUAGUUUAUGCAAUUUGACAAUUGAUAUAGAGGUGCAGAAACGACAAAAGGUUUACCUUACCUGCACUCCUUGGAUUAUGCCACGUCAUUAAAACGCAGCUAUUAACUCGCGUUGUUGAAAAUGAUUUAAAGGCUAUGAGUUAUGAAGAAUUCAGGGUCAGAUGAAAGUGCAACACUGCCGAAAGUCAGGAGAUCUAUUCUGUUAAUUUUCCGGCAGCCAGUUGAACUUGAUUUCACUAUUGCUUUUGACAUUGUCCUAUAUUUGUUUGUCGUUGUUAUUUUGCAUGAAUUUGUGUACCUUGUACAAAAGUUAUGGACUUUCUGUUGAUUUGUCCCUUUUCCAAUGUUACUUCAUAAGUUACGAGUCAUUAUGUUUUGACAGGAAAAGUUCUAUCUUUUUAGUUGCAGCACAAACGAAAUCUAUUUCAUGUCAAUUACAUAGAGAUGUUAGAAGGAAUAGGUUAUGUGGAUUCACUUCCCAUUUGGUUCAUCAAAUAAAUUGGCUACUUUUCAUGUAA